UGUAGAAGCCAGUGGCCUGGAGCCAAAGGAAGGCGGAGCCCAUGGGGGCGGGAUUGGUGCUUGGGCCACUUCAUAAAGCCUGGGGUGAGGGGCGCGAGGCAUUCUGACAAGCCCUGCGGGGGCUGUUUGGUCCAACAGAUCCCAAGGGCACAAUCGAGGCUCUCCGGUGUCAUGCCUGGGAGCCCCCUGACCACGCCGAGCUGGGCGCUGCUGCUGCGGCUGCUGGCACUGCUGCGGCCCCCGGGGCUGGGCGAGGCCUGCAGCUGCGCCCCUGCACACCCCCAGCAGCACGUCUGCCACUCUGCACUGGUGAUCCGGGCAAAAAUUUCUAGUGAGAAGGUGGUUCCUGCCAGUGCAGACCCGGAUGACACUCAAAAAAUGAUCCGGUAUGAAAUCAAACAGAUAAAGAUGUUUAAAGGUUUUGAGAAAGUCAAGGAUGUUCAGUACAUCUAUACCCCUUUCGACUCUUCUCUCUGUGGUGUGAAAUUAGAAGCCAACAGUCAGAAGCAGUAUCUCUUGACUGGGCAGGUCCUCAGUGAUGGAAAAGUCUUCAUUCAUUUGUGCAACUACAUCGAGCCCUGGGAGGAUCUGUCCUUGGUGCAGAGGGAAAGUCUGAAUCAUCACUACCACCUGAACUGUAUCUGCCAAAUUACCACCUGCUACACAGUGCCCUGCGUCAUCUCGGCCCCCAACGAGUGCCUCUGGACAGACUGGCUGUUGGAACGGAAGCUUUACGGUUACCAAGCCCAGCACUAUGUCUGCAUGAAGCAUGUCGAUGGCACCUGCAGCUGGUACCAGGGCCACCUGUCACUCAGGAAGGAGUUUGUAGAUAUCCUCCAGCCCUAGGGGAAACCAAGGACUACAACAUCUCUUGAGUCCUGAAGAUCAAGUCUGUUCUCCUUUCCUGCAGAUAUAUGGCCAUCACCUCAGUCCCCACGGGUGGCAAGUAACAGAAAAUGCCAACUAGACGGCCUGGUCAUGGCAUCAUGGCAAGGGUGGGGAAUGUUCCAUAGGCCACAACCUGUUGAAGGCUUGAAAGGUAGCACUGUUUCCUGCCCUGCUCCCAGCCCUUCUUGCCUGACUCACACCCAGAACAGUCUGGCCUGUAGCUACUGCUAAAAGUUUUUGUUGUUCCCUAAACCCAGGACUAUUUCCUUUUCUCUCAAGGAAAUUAUGACCUCCCUUGCUUUAACUAACUGAAUAGGAGGAAAACAGUGAAUAUUAUACACAUGAGAUAGAGUAGCCUUGUAGUGUACAAUGCCAGAAAGUGAGCUGACCUGUAUCAUAAACAGGCAGAUGAUUGGCAGGACGGAAAAGAACAACAUACUAUGGCUGUGUAUCCUCACACCUCAGUACUCUGUUGGAGGUGUGACCUGGCCCUAUAUCAUUCGGUACCCUCCCUCUCCGUGCUGAAAUUCUCCAUUAUGCCAUUCUUAGGAGAGGGUGCAGUCCAUUCACCAUACCUUUUUGGACAAGAACAGACUUAUUAUCUAAGAACAGGUUUGUCUCUUUAUGUUAACUAUCUCUAAUGCCCUCUAUCAGUAUGUAUAAGACUCUUCAGGGUGUUUAAGAAAAUGUUUUUUAUAUGAGAGAAAGACUUCUCAAAUUCUUGGGAGCAGGUAUCCCAAUCCAGAUCUCACACAAGAAUGUCAGAGACUAAAACACUUGAGCUUUCGCCAGUUGCCUCCCAGGGUGUACGUCGGGAAGCUGUAACCAGAGCAGAGCUGGGACUGACAGCUGGGCGUUCUGACAGAGGCUAUGAGUGUCCCGAGCUUCAAGCCUGCCUGUCUUCUGGCUUUUUUAGAUGACUGAUGAAUUCAUUCCUACAUUAGAAC